AUGUACUCAGCUCACCUGCUCGCUUUAUUCUACGACGAUGAGAGCAUUCGUUCUUUUCAUUUCUCUCCCACUCUUUUUACUAUCAUUGCUUCUAAGCCGGGCAAUUUACAAUUUUUUUCCCCUCAACAUAAUUGUGAUAAUUUACUCACCACAAUAUCUCCCGCAUUUCUUUCUUUUUUCUUUCUUUUUUCUUUCUUUCUUUCUUUUACCUUUAUUUAUUUCUUUGAUUUACCGUUCUUUCUUUCUUUCUUUUACCUUUAUUUCUUUCUUUGCUUUACCGGUCUUUCUUUCUUUCAUUCUUUCUUUCAUUCUUUUACAACACCUUUAUUUAUUUCUUUACUUUUUCUUUCUUUUUUUUUUCUUUUCUUUUUUUCUUUCUUUCUUUCUUUCUUUCUUUCUUUCUUUCUUUCUUUCUUUCAUUCUUUUUUCUUCCUUGUACGUACCGAUUAUUCUUUCAAUUCUUUUUCUUUACUUCUUUUCAAUUUCAUUUCUUUUUUUCUAUCUUAUUCUUUCUUUCUUUCUUUCUUUCUUUCUUUCUUUCUUUCUUUCUUUCUUUCUUCCGUUCUUAUUCUUAUGUUUUUUCUUUCUAAUUUUACGCAAAGAUUAUUCUUUCAGUUAUGGAACAUCGUAGAUUUUUUUCUUUACUUCUUUUCAAUUUCAUUUCUUUUUUUCUAUCUUAUUCUUUCUUUCUUUCUUUCUUUCUUUCUUUCUUCCGUUCUUAUUCUUAUGGAAUAUAUUUUUUCUUUCUUUUUACUUUUUAUUUACUUUUUUCUUUCUUUUUAUUAUUGUCUCUUCCAUUCUUUUUUCUUUAAUUUAAGAUUUUCUUUCAAUUGUGGAAUAUAUUUCUUUCUUUUUCCUUUACUUUUAUAUUCUUUUUCUUUGUCGUUCCUUUUUGUACACGAUGUCCUUCUUUCUUUCUUUCUUUUACGUAAAGUGUAUUUUUUCAGUUAUGUAAUAUUUAAAGUUUAUUCGUUAAGUUUUUCUUUCUUUCUUUUUACUUUAUUUUUUAUUUCUUUCUUUUAUUCUUUCUUUCUAUUUUUUCUUUAUUUUAACGUAAAGAUUAUUUUUUCAGUUAUGGAACAUUUUUUAUUGUUCUUUAUUUAUUUUUUCUUUCUUUUUUUCUGUCUUUUACGUAAAAUAAAUUGUUUCGAUUAUGGAACCUCUUUCUUUCUUUUUUCUUCACUAUUUCUUUCCUUUUUCCUUUUUAUUUCUUUCUUUCUUUUUCUUCCUUUUCUUCUUUCCUUUCUUUCUUUCUUUCUGUUUUCUUUCUUUCUUUUACGUAAAGUUUAUUUUUUUACUUACGGAAUAUCUUCCUUUUUUCUUCACUAUUUCUUUGAUUUUCUUUAUUUCUUUGUUUUUUCUUUCUUUUGUUUUUUCUUUCUUUUUCUUUACUUUCUUCUUACUUUCUAUUUUCUUUCUUUUAUGUAA